AUUUCAACACCCAUUCCUCUACGUGUCGCCAUCUCAUUGGCUACAUUUUAGACUCUAUUUCCUCUCUCUAACCCAACUUCCAUCUCUCAUUUCAUAUUAAAUCCAACCCUCUUCUUUCCUUCCCUCCUCCCUUGUGAUCAUCUCUCUUCCCUCACCCCAAAAUCACUCAAUCUUUAGUGGCCAGUGGCUGUGAUUACUUCAGAUCUCCAUCAGCCAUGGGAGAGGAAGCUCAGAAGACGACGCUUAUGAUCCUAAACGUUGAUCUUCAAUGCUCCAGCUGCUACAAGAAGGUGAAGAAAGUAAUUUGCAAGUUUCCGCAAAUUAAAGACCGGAAAUUUGAUGAGAAGGCAAAUAAGGUGUUCAUCACUGUGGUGUGUUGUAGCCCUGAGAAAAUUCGUGACAAAUUGUGCUGUAAGGGAUGCGGGGUAAUCAAGAGUAUUGAGAUUGUUGAGCCACCAAAGCCCAGAGCUGCAGAAAAGCCCAAGGAGCCAGAGAAGCCGAAGCCACCUCCUGAAAAGCCGAAAGAGCCUGAGAAGCCCAAGCCGCCUCCUGAAAAGCCUAAAGAGCCUGAAAAACCCAAGCCGCCUCCAGAAAAGCCCAAGGAACCGGAGAAGCCCAAAGAGAAACCCGCCCCACCUCCUGAAAAGCCCAAACCAACGUCCGCUCCGGUUCCGGUUCCGGUUCCAGUUCCGGUUCCUGUUCCUGCUCCGGCCCCCGCUCCUAAACCCGCAGCACCAGCACCAACACCAGCACCACUACCACCACCACCAAAGGUCCCGGAACCCGAACCCGUGAUUGUGAUGCCAUGUUACCCAACGCAACCACCCUAUGGGUUUUGUUGCGGGCCGUGUUCCGAAGGGAUACCCGGUGGACCAUGUUAUGGUUGGUACGGAAGACCACCGCCGCCGCCACCUCCGCCGCCGCGGCCAUGUUAUGAGCCCUUUUUCGGGUGUCGAUGUGGGCAGUCCAGAGGUUAUUAUGGAUGCAGAUGUGAGUGUAAUAACUACUACUGUGAAUUAGACAAUAGUUCUUGCUCAAUCAUGUAAUAGCUCCACCCCACCAGGCCCGGCCCGUCAUUAUCACAUCAUAUCGUGGUUUACAAAGCAUGAUCAUGGCUUUUGAUGGGACAUCUUGCCUAAUUGCACAAUUAUCUAAAGCUAAGCUAGCUUUGGAAUUAUAUGGGUGUUCUUUUCCCAAAUCUUGAAAAUAAUUAAUACUCCGUAGUAUAUAGUACCACUGUUAUUAAAUCUGUUGAAUAGAAUAAGGUUAGCGGCCAGAAUUAUGGUUGCUAGACUACAUUGUUGAUUUGUUGUACCAAAUAUACUGUUGACGGAAUACUGAUUUUCCAUUUUUCACUUA